GGCACCGUCUUCUCCGCUUUCCGCGUCCUGACGGGGGAAGAAGUUGCUAUCAAGCGGGAGAUGCCAAAGGCGGGCAAGCCGGAUGAGGAGGAAAUAUGCCUUUUGCCGUACGAGGCGCAAGUGUAUCGGCAGCUGCGCGAGUAUCAGGCCAUCCCUUCGCUUUACACGUUCGAAAUGUACGGCGGGGGUUACUUCUUGAUUCUUGACGGAGUCGGUGUGACGCUGGAGCAACUUCACAAGGUGUGCCGAGGGACACUGUCGCUCAGAACAGUUGCGAUCCUGGCCUUGGAAAUGAUUGAGAGAAUCGAAUUCGUUCAUUCACGAGGGAUCAUCCUACGCGAUGUCAAGCCUCAAAACUUGGCCAUGGAUCUUGGCAACUGCUCGAGCUUGCUCUACAUGUUUGACUUCGGACUCGCCAAGCCAUAUAUUGACCUCACAACAAAUGAUCACAUUCCGUUCAGAACCGGUCUAGUCUCGGUGGGCACUGCUCGCUAUAUGAGCUACAAUGUCCACUUUGGUAGAGGUAUGUCUUUUAUUGAUUCAUCCUCACAUUCGUGA